UUGAUCAUGGCUUAUCCGGUUCGAGCAUACAUUUAUGACAUUUCUGGUGGACUGGCAGCACAACUGUCUGAGGCGAUACUAGGCAAGCGACUUGAAGGCAUCUGGCAUACUGGUGUCGUUGUAUAUGGGAAGGAAUAUUUUUUCGGCUCGAUGGGGAUAGAAUCAUGCUCUCCAGGCGGCACCAUUUUGGGUCAACCACAUCGAGUUGAAGAACUUGGAGACACUGAAAUACCAGAAGAGGUGUUUAACCAAUAUCUUAUUGGAUUAAAAGACUCAUUCAGUCCUGAUCAGUAUCAUCUGCUGGAUCAUAACUGUAAUAACUUUACUGCUGAAGUGUGUCUGUUUCUCACUGGCAAAAGCAUUCCUGAGUAUAUCACCAACUUACCAAGUGAAUUUAUGAGCACUCCAUUAGGUGCUAUGCUUCGACCAAUGCUUGACUCUAUGAGUGUUCGACCUACAGAAGGACAAAACGUAGAUACAAGAUCAGUGCCAUUUUAUACAGCGUCAUCAACCACAACACAGAGCAGUCAUACAGUAGAACCAUUAGAAACUGAAACGAAAUCGAAAGAAACAGAAAGCAAGGAAGCAAAACAGGAUGAAGAGUUUGCUCCUAUUAAGCGACAAAUUUACUGGUCUAAAGAGGAGAUUUUGGCUGCUCUGAAGUCUGUGAAGGAUGCUGGUGGCCAGUUGAAGUUGAGUGAAGAUGAGAAGGAACUGAUUGAAAAGCUUGAACUGCACGGUCUUGGAAACGAAGCCCAACCAUUUCUUCACUCUGUUGUAACACUAAUCGGUCGUCUUCUUCAAAUGGCAACAUCCAAAUCGGCAGACAGGACCGAAAAUAGAUUAGCUGCUCUUGCUGCUUUUCAACUUCUUACUGUUACAGUGCAAUGGCGUGAGGGAUUCUAUCAUUACUCUCAACAAACAGACCAUUUGGUCUUCAGACUUUACAGGUCAUAUCUCAAAGUGAAAGACUGGACGAUUGAUGAGGCCAUCAGACAGUUGAUGAUCAAUUUAUGUUACGUGGAUGGAGGAUUGUAUGUGACUUCUUCCACUCCAUGGACUGUUUCUAGAACUGUAACUACCAGCAACUUGCAAGAGACUGUUACUCUUAUUGUCAACAGUUUAAUUGCAGAAGACACUCAUUGUCAGCUAGUUGGAUCACAGCUAUUGCUAAACAUCAGCUGGAACAAAUUGGCGGAUGGAUGUGACAUUCAGUGUGCCUCGGCUGCUGGCGAAUGCUUGAGAUCUACUCGAGACAGACAAACAUGCCAUAAUCUUUUCGAGAGUUUGGUAAAUCUGGUGAAUCAUAAUCAGGAGGUGCUGGAUCUUUUGAAAAUAUUGGAAAUCGACGUUGAAUGGUUCGGUGCAGAAGACAUGUGGAGUAGCAGAACUGAAAAGGAAACUUUUAAGAAGUUUUUAUCUCUGCUUGGUUGAUCGUUCAACUUGUAGAUUUGCUAUAUCUAAACCGUGCAUGUUAGCCAAGUUUACUUUAUAUCAUUAGAAGUCACUGUGUGUGUCAUGCAGGAUUAUUAAUUUUAAGUCGCUAAAUUGCAUCUGUAAUGAAAAUUUUGGACCCAGGGUGGGUUCAUUUUUGG